AUGGCAGACACACUCGCCUCGCACACAGCAGCGAACCACAUGAAGCAAACACUCCAGGGUAUCGACAAGCUAUUUGCCCGAUUCUGGGCCAUGCUGGAGAGGCGAGUGCAACCCACACAACGACCCAGACAAAGGGAAACCCAGAAAGGCCUAAUCCCAAAACUUGAAGGCUAUCAAAUGGACACAAAACCUACCCAGCAAACCACCAAGCCCAGGACCAGCCCAUGCAAGCCGAGGGCCACAGGGGCACUUACCCAGCAGCGACCACCACGUGGGCGGAAAGAAUCCCACUGCAAGCAACAGACAUGCAACAGGACCCUCCACCGCCUGCGUGGAAAACAGGACUUAGACCUUAUGGGUCAUAAGGCCUGGAGCCCGAAGUCACCAGCCCUUGAACCGACCCGAAGCCAACGAGAGGGUGAGUGCUGCCCAAACCGCAUCUUGACUCUGGAGAAGCCAAACUCCUGCAGCAAGAGCAUACCGGACAUGGGUAUUGGUUAA